AUGGCUGAAUUGAGUGCACUAGUCAUCAAACGUAAGGUGAUAAAGACCAAUGUUACUAGGAUAAAGAAUUUGUUAUCAUGUGAGAUGUCACAUGCGGAAUUAGAAUGCAGGUUAAGCUUAAUCGAAACUUAUUUCAAACAGUUGUUAGCAAUACAAUCGGAUAUUGAAGCGUUGAACGACAAAGAUAACGCUCGUGCAGAAAUAGAAGAACUUUGCAUUUUAGCGAAAGCAAAGGCUAUUGAACUUUUAGGUGACGACUUUAAUCGAAGUCGUGGAGAGUUAGCGUUACAUAUUCCAAGCAGAAGCUCGAACAAUUUACCAAAACUCAAAUUGCCAAAAUUUACAGGAAAAUACGCAGAGUAUCAAAACUUUAUAUCAUCUUUCAAGCAAUUAGUUAACGAAGACAAGUCACUCUCAAAUAUAGAAAAGUUUAACCACUUGAUUCAAUGUCUUGAAGGACAAGCACUUGAUACCAUUCAAACAACUAAGCAAUUGAAUCAGCCAGAUUCUAGAAACGUAAACUUAAUGCCACAUAACCAUUACUCAAGUUCAAGUUCCAUUACGCAAGUUCAUCGCCUUGCUCAUUUCACUGGAUCUUUGGAUGUCAAGAAAUCUAAUCAAGGUUGA